AUGGAGGCGCAGGACGAAGCUCAGCUCUGUUUCCCACAACUUGUCAACGAUUCCUGCAGGAUGCCGAAGCUCCAAGGGUCGGAGACGGUGACGGUCCUCGGGGGCAUCGCCUUGUCCUUGGCCUCUCUGCUCACCGCGGUGCUCAACCUGCUCAUCAUCAUCUCAGUCUCCCACUUCAGGCAGCUCCACACCCCCACCAACAUCCUCCUCCUCUCUCUGGCCAUGUCUGAUUUCCUCGUCGGCCUCCUGCUGAUGCCGGGGAAUCUCUUCAGGAAAAACACCUGUUGGAUGUUGGGGGACGUCUUGUGCUUGCUUUAUAUUUACGUGAUUGCUCUGAUCAUCUCUGUUUCUAUCGGGAACAUCGUCCUCAUAUCGAUCGACCGCUACAUAGCCAUCUGUGACCCGCUGCAGUAUCCCACCAGGAUGACCCUGACCCGGGUCAAGUGCUGUGUGGGCCUCUGCUGGCUCCUGGGAGCCUCCUACCGGCUGCUCUACCUGAAGGACGAACUGAUUCAGCCGGGCAGGAACAGGUCCUGUGUUGGAGAAUGCAUGUUCUCUCCCAACUCCAUUGCAGGACCUUUUGACCUCAUCCUGAAUUUUAUUGCUCCAGUUACGGUCAUCGUGGCGCUCUACACCAAGGUGUUCGUGGCGGCCGUGUCUCAGGCGCGCGCCGCUCGCUCUCGCGACGCGGCCGUCACGCUGCGGCUCUCGGUGAAGGUCGUGACCAGGAAGUCGGAGCUGAAAGCCGCCAGGACUCUCGGUGUGCUCAUCGUCGUGUAUCUGUGCUGCUUCUGUCCUUAUUACUGCUACUCCCGCAUACUUAGGAACGUCGCCAACAACACACUUAUGACUUUUUUCGUCUUUUUGUUUUAUUUUAACUCCUGUCUGAACCCUUUGCUUUACGCCCUGUUUUAUCCCUGGUUUAGAAAAGCAGUCAGACACAUCGUCACUUUGCAGAUUCUGCAGCAGGGCUCCAGUGAGACCAACAUACUGCAGAGGCCCGAGUGA